AAGAACGCGAAGAACAAUAAUCUGAUGCAAAAGAGCAGUAUCAGUAAUUACAGAUUGACCAACUCGAUCAACUCGUCGUCGUUGAAGGACAACGCCAGGAUCUUCGCACGUUUGGACGAGACCCGAGCCCUGAGGAACCCCAAGACCACGAACAUUGUCAGGUCCAUGAAGAACCAGCCGCUGCCACCGACUCCGGCCAAGAAGAGGUCCUCCCUGGCUCGUCCGGUUCGCGUUCACGAUUCCUUCUCUCAGCCUAGGAAGCUGAUGCCCGCCAACGACGCUUUCCAAACCGUGCGCAAGAUCAACAAGCCGAAUUUCCGGGACAAGGUUCACAACGAGACCGGCUGGCCGUUCCGGCUGAGGCUCGUGCAGAUGCUCGAGCUGACCCUGCCGCAGUCCAAGAAGAAGAGGAAGAAGAAGGCGCCGAUGAUGCUGAUGAAGCAACAACAGGCCAGCAAACACGCGUGCAAGGACACGGAGAGGCUGCUCCGUGUGCUCAGCGUGAACAAUGUGGACCAAGACGCUAGGUACAACGUCACACGGUGUUCUGUCAUGUAGAGACUCGCGUAGGCGGCGGAGACGCCGCAGGCGGACUCUCUCUCUGGUGCUCGGAGUGGAAACGUGGACGGUGUUAGGUAGGAUAUCAUUCGUUCUAUUAACGUCGACGACCUCGUACGGUUGGUCCGCUUCUCAGAGCUAUUUAAAUAUAUGUGGAAUCAUUGUCGUGUAUGUAUGGGUAUUCUCUGAGGAGGGUUUGAGCCGUGAUCACUUUUGAGCACCAGAUUUUCAAUUUGGCGGCCGCACAAACGCGUUACUCGGCGCGUGUUUAACAAUAAGAAGUUUCUUUCGUCGUUUACGCUUCCGUUUGGUAAAAUCGCCACCGGAGGACAUGUUUUUAUCGUUUUUUCAAACAUAAACGACAGCCUUGCAUAAUUAUUUUAUCUCGUCAUUUAUUUAUGCAUUUAUCAGGAGUCUAUUGUUCGUUAUCGUUGUGCUUUUCUUUUUACUAAUUUUUCACUAACUUCUCGUAAGUCGUUUAUGUUCUGUUGGGUAUUUUGAACGUGAUGAAUUUUUGAUGAGCUUAAAUGUUUCGUAUCGUGCAAUAGUUGAUAAUCGAGAGAGAUAUAUUUGGAUAAGAAGCGAUGGAAUAUUUGCCGACGAAUGGGAACUUAAUAGGUGCUUGAUCGAUUAAAUAUGAAAUCCGAGAUAAUCGAUAAUGAAAUUCAGUUUAAUUGCAGAAGAGUGUAGUAUCGAUAUUAGAGGUCCUCUUUCGUUAGUCUGUCGCGUGAAUUUCCAAAUUUCAUUACCCCGUCUUCGAAUAAAAAUCCUUUGCCGUAGCAACGAGCAAGACGAUAGAACAGAGUGUUGCUUAUAAUUAAAUUCCGAACGGUAGAAUCGAUAAUUUUGGUUGGGAAGUAAUUUUGGGUUGCCUGACGAAAAUCUCAGUGUACCAUCGAACCGAAUUAAAAAUCGCAAUCGGAAAUUCUAACACCUACACGCUUAUACCUUACAACUAAUUCCGUCCCCAAGAAACAUUUAACUAAUGAAACUGAUUUCAUUUGUUCUCCAUACAAAUUUCUACGAACUCUCGUUCCUGAAUUUUCAUUUCGUUUACGAACAAAAAUUCAAAUCAAUAAUACAUCUGACGACCAAUCGCGUGAUUUGCAUUUAAUUAAUAUGCAUUUACAACUGGAGGUUCUCGUGGGUAUGCGACGAAUUGAACGAAUAAAAGCUUGCAGCUGAAAAUUUUCAGAAUCGAGACAUCAAGGGAGACGUACCUUCAAGAACUUCCGACCAGUCAACCAAAAAUCCAUUCCAGUCUAAUUAAAAACCAACUGAUUUUCGCUGAACGCAAGAGAGAGUAUCCUCGACUGGGAGUAUCUCAGUUGCAUUUUCGUGAUCAGACAUCUCAGAGAGCAUGAAAGAAAUACGUUUCACUCGAUAUAUAUUCACCGCGUAGAGGGAAGUCACGUGAAAGAGUGUCCGCGUAAUUAUUUUUUCACUGUCCAAACCACUGUAAUCUAGUCGCAGAUCUGCUUUCAACAAAUCGCCAUCUCUCAUCGAGUGUGUCCUGUUCCUGCUUAGAAUCUUUCGAUCGUCCUCGAUCGUAACUCGUUCGUAAAAACUUGCCAAGAUCAGGUUUGCACAUUUCAUUAUAGUAUAUAUUUAAUUAGAAAAUCGACCUAAUGGUCCGGAUAAAUAAUAUUUUCAAAACGAACCUUGAACCGAAAUUGCUUUAUAUCUCAUGUGAAAUCCUAUUGUUCGCCGGGAUGAUGAGUAAUGAAAGUUUACGAACGAGUUCCAAUUAAUACUUCACGUGGACCGUGGCCAGAGUAGAUUAGGAUAAGUAUCAGGGAUAAACUGUUGUGUCGUUGUAACGCUACGUACAUACGUAUAUGAUAUAUUUCAUUAUAUUAUAACGCCGUAAUGUGUAACGAGUGCCCUACCCCUGUUAAACUGUAACGUCGAAUUAAUAACUGUACUAUAGUGUGUAAGCUAUUCCAACUACCACGCCCAGUAUUUUCUAAGUAUUACGCUGCAGGAUGUGUUCGCCUGUCGCAACGUCUGAUUUAUUAUUCCACUCGUCAUAACGAAAUCUACGUAAAAGAAAAAAAAAGAAAGAAAUAAUGAUUUCCAAGUCAGUCCCGGAAAACGAUUCGACUGUCUCGCCUUGGUCUUAUUCUUGGUCAGUGGAACAACAAAUCAGGGGACAAAAACUGGAACCAAAUGGAACAAAAAGAAGAGCGUUUCAUUGUUUGUGCACGAAUGAAUUUGACGAUAACUUGAGUUCGAACGAUGCACGACGGAGCGUACAGAUAAGUACAGACGAGGAACGGACGCGCGAGAGAUUUCAAGGAACACUGUUUCAUUUCUACGUGUAUGAGUGGCUACGGAUUAGCUGUGUCUCGUGUGCCAUAACUCCUAACGUUUGAUAUAUUUAACGAGUCUAGUCCAUUUACAAGGAAACCUUUCGUACACACCCAAGCAAAUGUGUUUAUCCGAAUUCAUAGACUGCACAUAUAUAUAUACAUACAUAUAUAUAUAUAUAUUAUAUCUA